AUGGCCGCGGAUGACAAUGUUAAUAUUGAUGGAGUGAUCGAACAAUUGUUAGAAGUUCGUAAGCAUCCGAAAUUGGAAAAAGUUGAACUGAGAGAAAGCGACAUUCGUACGAUUGUUCACAAGGCACGUGAGAUCUUUUUAAGUCAACCUGUUCUUCUUGAACUUGAAGCGCCGUUGAAGAUUUGUGGUGAUACUCAUGGUCAAUUUUCUGAUUUACUUCGAUUAUUUGAUGCGAAUGGGUAUCCACCUGAUGCGAAUUAUCUUUUUCUGGGUGAUUAUGUCGAUCGGGGGAAAAUGUCCAUCGAAACAAUUGUAAUGUUACUCUGCUACAAAAUCAAAUACGCAGAAAAUUUCUUUCUACUUCGCGGUAAUCACGAAUGUGCAGCAAUCAAUCGUAUCUAUGGCUUUUACGAUGAAGUCAAACGACGUUACAAUGUCAAAUUAUGGAAAGCAUUCACUGAUUGUUUCAAUUGUUUGCCGAUAGCAGCAAUUAUCGAUGAGAAAAUCUUCUGCUGUCAUGGUGGUCUGAGUCCAGAUUUACAUUCAUUCGAACAAAUCAGGCGUAUUGCUAGACCAACAGAUAUACCCGAUACAGGACUAUUGUGUGAUCUUCUUUGGUCUGAUCCAGAUAAGGAAACAUCGGAAUGGGGUGAAAAUGAUCGUGGAGUUUCGUACACAUUCGGUGCGGAAGUUGUGACACGUUUUCUAACACGACAUGAUCUCGAUUUGAUUUGCCGAGGGCACCAAGUUGUCGAAGAUGGUUAUGAAUUUUUUGCUAAACGUCAACUGGUGACGAUCUUUUCUGCACCGAAUUAUUGUGGAGAAUUUGAUAAUGCUGGCGGAGUGAUGACUGUUGAUGAAAAUCUAAUGUGUUCAUUCCAAAUACUACGACCGUUAACGCUAAAGCAUGUACAAGAUAACCAAACGAAAACAUCCUCAGCGAAAAUACCAGCGGCAGCAAAAAGUCCCAAUGUAAAAAAAUGA